AUUAUUUCCCAGAGUCCGCAAUCAGUCUUCAGUGAGCGUGCGUCGGCAUUGGCAGCAAGUUGGCUAAAAGCGGAUCCUCCUCAGUGACCACCACCCCCCAACGCCUUUCGCCCCUCGACACUUUUGCUCGCCCAACUGAUUUUAAAUCGCAGCAGCAAAUUGGCGCCGCCGACGAAUCUCGAGCCCUACACCAUGGCUGUCAUCACGGAACAUGGCGGCACCACCUCUCCCCCGGAAAACAACAACAGCAUCGGAAAUGGAAAGCUGCGGGUUAAUGGACACCACUUGAGCACAUCGCUCACCAUUCCGGAGUUCUUCGCCCACAAGAACAUAUUUGUGACCGGCGGAACGGGAUUCCUGGGCACCGUCCUCAUCGAGGCUUUGCUGGACACACAUCCAGACAUCGGAACCAUCUACGUUUUGGUCCGGGGCAAGCGCAAGUUCGAUCCCAGCGAGCGGAUCCGUCGACUGCUGCAGAAGCCGAUUUUCGAAAAGUAUUCGGAGAAGACUUUGGCAAAGGUUGUUCCGGUGGUCGGAGAACUGAGUGAACCGAACUUUGGCUUUGGCCCCGAGCUCCUGCAGGAGCUUAUUGACCGGGUCAAUGUGAUUUACCACAGUGCCGCCACCAUCAAGUUCAGCUCCCCGCUGCGAACUGCCAUUCGCACCAAUCUUACGGGAACGAUGCGAACCAUCGAGUUGGCCAAGCAAGUGAAGCAACUGGCCGCCUACAUCUACUGCUCCACGGCCUUCUGCAACAGCAAUAAUCGAGGUCUGAUCGCCGAGGAGGUGUACAAGUCACAGUUCGAUCCGUACGAGAUGAUGAAGAUGGCCGAGGACGAUUCGGCCUGGGAGGACUUCACCGAUCAAAAGUGCAAGGGAUACAUUCGGGAUCACCCCAACACGUAUACGUUCACCAAGAACCUCUCGGAGAAUCUGCUGAUGGCCGAGAUGUCCGGACUGCCAGCAGCCAUAGUCAGGCCAUCGAUUGUUUAUGGCACCCUGGAAAACCCCAUGAAGGGUUGGGUGGGUAAUGCAAACUCUGGUCACCUGGGCUUCUUGGCCGGCUUUGUUAAGGGAAUUUUCCGGACAAUGUGCGGAAAUGCUAAUGCUGUGAUCGACAUUAUACCCUGUGACUACGUGAUCAACUCCUCACUGGUCAUGGGAUGGUACGUGGGCACCCGGAAAGUGGAGCAGCCGGAAAUCAUACACUGCACCUCCGGAGAGGUUAAUCCUCUCAAUCUCGCCGAGUUCUGUACGAUUAUCAACGAUAGUGUGGAGCGUCAUCCGCCCAACAGUUUCGUUUGGAAGCCGGUGACGAAGUUGCGAAAUGGUUGGCGGUACAAUUUGUUCUUCUACCUGUUCCAUUUGCUGCCAGCAUUGGUCUUCAUUAUUCCAGAGAAGCUAUUCGGAAUUGGGAUGCCGCAGCACACAGCCUACGAGUACAUGCGCGUUUUCCAAAAGGGAACCAAGGCUUUUGACUACUUCCUGGACAAGGACUUCCGAUACUCCUUAAAGAAUGCGCUGCGUAUAUCAGCUUUAAUACCAGAGAGCGAUCGGAAGCGGUACAAUUUCGAUGCCAGCCAGUGCGAUUGGUCCGAGUUCAUCGAUCGCUGUCUGAUUGGAAUCCGGCGUUUCUACUUCAAGGAGUCGGCAGUGACUACGGCAUGGCAUCGCAAUUACUGGAAGGUCUUUAAUUUCCUGUACUAUGCGGGAUACGUCGUCAUCUUUGCCGUCCUGUACUUUGCCCUAACUUUAACUUUGGGCCCGAAGAUCGGUCUGGCGUUGGCGCUCCUGAUCUGGGGAUUCCUCGUUUGGUUGUAGCCCGGUUUCUGGAUCGAUGGCCAACCGUUGGAUUGUGCAAUAUUCCAGCUCCAAUUCCGAUCCUCUCCAAAUGGUUGUUCGUUUCCAUCCGUAGUUUGUUCUUAGUAGGGUAUCAUGUAUUUUACUUUUAAGAUCUUUCACACAAGCCAAGUACAAGUCAGAAAAGUGUAUCAUAAUACCAACAAUCAAAGCAACACGAGACACAAAAUCUAUUCACACAGCAAUGCAAAAGUAGCCCAAAACUUAGUCACACUAGCUAAACACUUAAUGUAAAAAUAAUGAACAAUUUUAGAUUGUUGUAAUAAUUAUCAACCGGUUUAUAGUCAAAUAGUCGAAGAAUACGAGAACUAAACUUUAAAUGAUUAAAUAUGUAACUAUUAUUCAAAUAAAUAUGAUUUUAAUAUUAAGAAAAA